AUGCCCAAAAAGAGGGUUCCACACAAGAACAAGAAAGGACAACAGUCAGCAGCAAAGGACAGCCCAAGUAACACCAAAGAUGAGAAUAUUACAGGACCCAGUACCGAUCCCCAAGGGACACCAGGAGACAGAGAGAAAGCAUGGCCCAUGAGUGAUGGAGCCACAGCAAUAACUACAAUGGGACUUGAGGAGGACGUUCAACGAGACAGUAUGGCUCCACUCCAAAACAGCAGCUCACCGGUUGACCAACCUUCAAGUGAUGUGGAAGUACAAGAGAGCUGGCUUGAGAAUCUGCCAGAGCUCACCGAACUCAUCCUGUGGAAGGUCAGUGAGGUCAUUUCACCACGUAGACUCAUGUCAUUGGGACUGAAGCUUCGUCUUCCUCAGGAAAAGCUAGAGAUCCUGCUUGAUGAAACAAACACCAUGUGCCAACAGGAAGAGACAACCUUCAAGAUGCUCUACCAGUGGUACAAUAACCAAGUACCUGAAGGUGACCUGUCCAAGUUCUUCUUCAAGGUUCUGACAACAGACGCUGGCCUUAAACAGGAACAAGUCUUCAACUUGUGUAAGCUCCAAGGGUACUGCUAUAAUACUGGGGAAAUGGAUGUACGAUGA